AUGUCAAACAUGCAGGCAGAAGCCCGGAGUGAGAUCAGACUGGAUCAGUCUUUAUCUGAAGUAAAACGACCAGGAGAGACAGUGAAGAUGUCGUGUGUCUCAUCUGGUUUUACAAUGUCAUCGUUUUUCAUUCACUGGAUCCGUCAGAGACCAGGCAGAGCUCUGGAGUGGAUCGGGAGAAUGAAUGCUGGUCAAAACUCUGCUGUCUAUGGAAGCUCCUUUCAGGUCCGUUUCUUGAUGACAGAGGAUGUUCCCAGCAGCACUCAGUACCUCCAGAUCAGCAGCCUGACAGCUGAAGAUUCUGCUGUUUACUUCUGCGCUCGAGGAGUCAAUGCAAAUCUGAACUACUGGGGUGAGGGAACAACAGUGACUGUUCAUUCAGAUUCAGAAGGCGGCUCUGAACCGACCCUGUUCGUCCUGACCCCCCUGCAGCCCACAGGCUUCCCUCUGACAAAAGCAGACCAGCUCGGUCCAAAUGUCUGUCUGGCCUCUAACUCCCGUUCAAAGGGGGAUGAUGUGGUUCUGAACCAGGAAGGGGGUCCGGUCACCGUAAGCCCAAAUGAUGCAGUUUGGUCCACUGAAACCAAGUCCUACUACUCUGUUGCCUUCAGCAAUGAAACCAUCCACUCCUGUGAGAUGAACGGAGCGUUCAGCAACAAUGAAGCUGAUGAUGCAUGUGAGAACAUUUAUCCAGAAAAAGCCAGACUGAACUUCUACCUGCUGCUGAUGAACGGAGUCCGAGUGGUUUUCACCAAAGCUGUGGCCUUCAGCACCAUCCUGACCAUCCGGGCCUGGAUCCUCUGA